CAGCAAAACGGGUGGGAAAGAAGUGGCGCCUCACACUGAAUUGAGCAGCCAUGAAGAUGACAGAGGAAAACAGUUCUGGAAAGUGGGAAAUAACAAUGGAUGAUGUAAAAAACCUUGUUAAAAAGAAAGAUGAAAUAGAAGAGCAGAUAAAAGCUUAUUACGAUGUUUUGGAAGACCAAGGUGUUGGAGUUGAAGAUCCAUUGGUUGACGAAGAGGGCUACCCCCGAGCAGAUAUUAAUUUAUACCAGAUCAGGACAGCAAGACACAAUAUUUCAUGCCUGCAGAACGAUCACAAGGAAAUCAUGGUGGAGAUCGAAGAAGCCCUCCACAAGCUGCAUGCUCGGGAGAAAGCCAAGCGGGAACGGGAUGAGGCAGAAGCCCAGGAAGAGCCGAUGGAUCAGCAGGUCACUCUUCCUCCUCCCUUUGCACGGGUGGAUGCUGUGACACAAGGAUCACCCGCCUGUGUAGCUGGGCUCAGAGUCGGUGAUGAAAUCGUUGAGUUUGGUUCUGUCAACACGGAAAACUUUCAGAACCUCCAGAAUAUUGCUUCUGUGGUACAACACAGUGAAGGGAAACCAUUACGUGUCACAGUCAUCCGGGAUGGCCAGAAAACUCACAUGAGCCUGACGCCAAAGAGAUGGUCAGGCAGAGGUCUGCUGGGAUGCAACAUCAUUCCAAUCCACUGAUGAUCACUCUGACAUUGUGCAGAAUUUCAAUGGUGAAACCCCUUCUUCCACUUGUUACCCAUGGAUUGUUUCAAAUUGACUUUGUACAUAUACUGCAGACAUUUCCAUCGGUUUGUUUUUUCAACAUCUUAAUUUGAACUGGAAGUAUUCCUUCAUACAAAGGCAGUCUUCAUAAUGAGAUAAAAUGUCAAAUUACUUCUAUUAGAGAUCUUAUGCUGAGUUUACAGAGUGAAAGCUCAAUAAAAAUUACCUUAUACUAAUGCUGAUUAUAA